UCUCUCUGUUUCUAGUUAUUGAGUGAGAAGAUAAGCGGUGCAGAAGGGACAAAGCUUGAUGAAGACUUCAUGGAAAUGGAGCGGAAAAUAGAAGUCACCAACAAGUCUGUUUUUGAACUUAUAACGAAAACAACAGAAUACCUUCAGCCAAACCCAGCAUCAAGAGCCAAACUGGGAAUGCUCAACACCGUGUCUAAAAUCAGAGGGCAGGUGAAGACGACGGGUUAUCCACAGACUGAAGGGCUUUUAGGAGACUGCAUGCUGCGAUAUGGACGGGAACUGGGGGAGGAGUCCACUUUCGGUAACGUCCGCACAUACCGACAGUCAAGUGCACGCAUGCACAGACAUGAACCACAGGCAGACGGUUACGGAAAUCCCACUGCAGCGCGAAGGAAUGCUGGUCGAUCUCGAGAACUCUAUCUCUCUUUGAGUCACACAAUCUUGCACACUGUGCAUUGUGAAACGUGUUUCCUGCAAUAUUGCUGUACUUAUAGCAUUUGAACACAACUCUGACACCUUGUGGUGCUUUGUUGAUGCCAGACACAGAUGCGCACAUGCUGGUUAUUUUACAAUGGUUUCCAA